AUGGGAUCGUGUGCCUGCUCGAGCCAGUGCAGCCAUGUUCAGCACCUUGAAAACGCUUUUUUGGCCCAAAACUGUGGCGGCAGUAGCUCAGAGCCCUGGAUCUCCGACACCAGUGCCUUCACCUGCACCUGCCCCAGCACCUGCUCCUCCAACAAAGUAAUUCGCACCAUUGGAUACCUGAUGUUUAUUCUCCAUCUCAACGCAUGUCUUUACUACGUGGCAUCUGACUACCAGGGGAUCGGCAAAACCAAAUGGGUGUACAGCGGAGAAGGCAGCGCGUACUUGCGCAGUUACUAUUUUGCCGUGCGGACUCUGAUCAACAUCGGUGGUCUGCCUGAGCCUCACACAGUCUUUGAAAUCACCUUUCAGUUAACAAACUUUUUUGUUGGUGUCUUUGUCUUCUCAAGUUUGAUUGGACAGAUGAGAGAUGUUAUUGGAGCAGCUACUGCCAGCCAGACGUACUUCCGUGCAUCUAUGGAUGCUUGUGUGGCGUACAUGGUGACAAACCGCAUCCCCAAACUGGUUCAAAGCAGAGUGCGCACCUGGUACAACUACACCUGGGACUCCCAGGGCAUGCUGGAUGAGUCUGAGCUUCUGGAACAGAUGCCUCUGGUGAUGAGAACAGCCAUCGCUGUGGACAUCAACCUUGCUACUUUCCAAAAGAUCGACCUCUUUAAGGGUUGUGACAACCAGAUGCUUGUGGACAUGUUAUUGAGGCUAAAGUCCAUUGUGUACUUGCCUGGAGACUUUGUGUGCAAGAAGGGUGACAUUGGAAAGGAAAUGUACAUCAUUAAGGCCGGAGAGGUGCAGGUCAUCGGUGGGCCGGACAAUAAGAUUGUGUUCGUGACUCUGAAGGCAGGCUGUGUGUUCGGAGAGAUCAGUUUGCUACAGUCUUCAGCCAAUGGAGGAAACAGAAGAACCGCUAAUGUAGCGGCACAUGGGUUCGCCAACCUCUUCGUACUGGAUAAGAAAGACCUCAAUGACAUCCUGAUUCACUACCCAGAGUCUCAGAAAGUGCUGGCCAGGAAGGGACGGAAACUGAUGAAAGCCAAGGGUUCACCUUCUGCUCCUAGGCGGAAGAAAGGACUGGCUAUGUUCGGACAAAAACCUCCCACUCCCAAACUUUUGCGCGCCUUUGCAGGAGGAGUGUUCACCAAAAAAGGCUUUAUGGACAGACUUAAGACUGCUGCUACUUCAGAACAAUAAUCACAUGAAAUACAUUCAAUAUUUCUCUGUGAAGAUUUCAUUCCUUUUAAAAUAACCUACGUAUUUAAAAAAAUUAAUAAACGAGCUUCUUUCCCUGCUAACUUCAGUACUUGCCAAUUAGUGAAUCGUAUUACUAAUUGUAAUACAUGAAUUA